CGGCAUUGGGCCGUCUUGUUGUCACUCAGCCACCGAUGUCCCGCCCCCGUCCUUGGGACUUGAAAUUGAUACUUAGCGAAUUCUGAGGAGAGAGAGAGAGAAGGAAAAAUAGAGAAGACGAGAAAAUCGAUUAAAACAAGAAAACAGAGCCAUGAUGUGAAGAGAAGAGAAGAGGAGAGAAGAGGGACGGAGGGACAGACAAGACAGAGACGAGCACACAGAGAGAGGAAGAGACGGACACAGAGACUCACAGAAACAGAGACACUGUCAGUAGGUUUGUAAGCUACAGACACACAUGCACCCAGACAGACAGACAGACAGUAUUAGUUAGUUAUAGAGAUCCACACAGACAGACUGAUAGCCUGACGGACACAGAGACAGACAGAUUGACACACACACACAGUAUUAGGUAGUUAUAGAGAUCCACACAGGCAGACUGAUAGCCUGACAGACACAGAGACAGACAGAUUGACACACACACACAGUAUUAGUUAGUUAUAGAGAUCCACACAGACAGACUGAUAGCCUGACGGACACAGAGACAGACAGAUUGACACACACACACAGUAUUAGUUAGUUAUAGAGAUCCACACAGGCAGACUGAUAGCCUGACAGACACAGAGACAGACAGAUUGACACACACACACAGUAUUAGUUAGUUAUAGAGAUCCACACAGGCAGACUGAUAGCCUGACAGACACAGAGACAGACAGAUUGACACACACACACAGUAUUAGUUAGUUAUAGAGAUCCACACAGACAGACUGAUAGCCUGACAGACACAGAGACAGACAGAUUGACACACACACAGUAUUAGGUAGUUAUUCAGACACACACACACCCUUUACACAGACGGACACACACACACCCUUUACACAGACGGACACACACACACACACACACAGAUUAACACACAGACACGCUCUCUCCACUCUCGGACGGACAGCGGUGUGUCGAUGUGUGUGCGAUGGAUCUGGACGGGCUGGUUCUGGAUCCGGACCCCGAGGCAGUGAGUGAGGAGGCAGGGCAGCUCUACGCACACCUGCAGGUUCUGAUCGAGUCCCACGGGCCCGGCUGUGUGGAGGGGCUGCUACCGGUUCUGGUGUCGCUGCUGGAGAGUCUGGCCCAGUCCAGAACCAGACUGAGUGAGAGAGAGAAUGAGAGCGAAAGAGAGAGGGAGGAGAGAGAGACACUGCUGGAGCAAUUUGAGAGAGAGAGGAGCAGGAGGAGAGAGACUGAGGAGCGGUUCCUGGAGCUCGACGAUGCUCUGGAGCAGGAGCGCCGCGCCCUGCAGGGGAAGGUGAGGGCUGCAGAGACACGCAGCCGAGACAUGGAGAGGAAGGCAAGAGAGUAUGCAGACCAGAUGGCGGCGCUGGAGGAACAGAGAGCCAAUCAGAGCCGGGAGCUGAGUGCACUGCGGCACACGCACACCAAGUUGCUCCGGAGCUACAAGGAGAUGCUGGAUCAGAUAACCGCCUCGAGCAACCCACCCAGGGCUCAGAAACGCUCUCUGGGGUCAGAGGUCGAGGCGGACCAGGGAUACCCAAAAUCCAUCAGCACCCCACAGGCGGGGCUCACUGAAGAAGAGGAGCUGAUUGACAAGGAGGAGGAGAGACAGGAAGUGAAAGAGCCUUCCCCUGUGGAUGACAUCAUCAACGCCACCCCUGAAUUGGCCCAUGUGGAUGACAUCAACUCCACCCCUGAAUUGGCCCAUGUGGAUGACAUCAUCAGCUCCACCCCUGAAUUGGCCCAUGUGGAUGACAUCAUCAACUCCACCCCUGAAUUGACCCAUGUGGAUGACAUCAUGACAACAAGCUCCCCCCUCCCUCAGGAACACGCCGCUCUCAGGAACACGGACUCUGUCUUCACGGAGCUCUCCGGAAUCUCAACCAGCGACAUCGACGACGUGGACAUGGGGGCCAGCUUACACGUGAUGGGAGGACAGUUUGAAUCGCUCAUCUCUGAUAAUGAGGAGUUGAAGAGAGACAACCUCGUUCUGGACGCUGCGCGCCGCGCCCUCAUCUCCCGCGUGGAGGAGCUGACCAAUGAGAGAGCAACGCUGGGGCUGGAGGCGGAGUCACUGAGAGACACUGCCACGCGACUGGAGGGGAGGCUGAAGGACAGCGAGGAGGAAGUGAGGCGGCUGCGUCAGGAGUUGGAAGAGGCUCAGAAGAGUGACCCUGAGUCCUCUCUCCCCCCCGCUCUGCGGCGGCGGUUCUCUCGUUUGGAGAUGGCCCGUGUUGUGAUGGAGAGGAAUCAGUUCAAGGAGCGUCUGAUUGAGCUGCAGGAGGCGCUGCGAAGAACACAGGAUAUGCGAGCAACGAAAGAAGAAAGGAAUGUUGAGGAGAAGCGAUCGAGUGUGUGGAGGAAGUUUCAUCGUUUAUUUGGUUUGACGAAGGACCCCUUAGCUCCGUCCCCUGUCGCAUCACACCGUCAGACUCCGCCCCCUGUUGCAUCACACCGCCAGACUCCGCCCCUCACAGUCGGCGAGCCCAAAGACCUGAACCGUCUCUACGCAGCGAACAGGAACACGAGAGACUCCGGCAGUGUGGACUCCUCGGACGUGCCCCCUCCUCUCUGUCUCUCUCCGAGGGACAGGAAGUGUGAGCUGUACCGUGAGAUCCGCAGUCAUGUGUGGAGCAUGCUGGGAAAACAGCAGGUGCACGGCUGGAGCCUGCCGCCUACCACGGACACGCAGGUUGCAGUGUUGAUGCAGUCAGUCCCUGCACUGGUGCAGCUCAGAAUCCUGGACCAGAGAGACCCGUCCAGCAAGCUUUGCUGCGCCGUGGCGGUCACCCCCGACAACUCUGGAGCCAAGACGUCCUCAGUCUGGCUGUUCUCAGGCACGCCCUCUUGCAGUGAUGUCACAGUUCUUGACCCCUCGCGCUCCAAUCACGUGCUGGAUCAGUUCAGCCUCCCGGGCGGAGCCAGAGUGCUGUGUGCAGCGACCAUCCCCCCCGCAGUGCUCAGCAGUGGCUCAGUAGCUCCCUCUCCAGGCACGGUGUGGAUUGGCACUCAGCAGGGCAGUAUAUUCCUCCAUUCUGCAGUGACAGAUAGGGGGCACUGUGUGCAGUCAGUGAGGCUGCAGGAAGGGGUGCAUUCCAUCACGUACGCGCAAGGUCAUGUGAUCGCUGGGCUGGCCAAUGGCACGCUCCUGAUUUUCUGUCGGGAUUCGGUAGCAGGUUGGGAUCUGCUGUCUCCUCGCACUCUUGCAUUGGCACCACCCCCCCUGCAGCCCAUUCGCUGCUCCCUGGCCGUGGGGGCGGAGCUCUGGUGUGGCUACUGGAACAGGAUAUACAUCAUUGACGCAGAGAAGGGGGUUGUGGAGCUCUCGUUCCAGGUCUCCCCUCGCCCUGAGCAGCAGGUGCGCUUCCUAUGCGGGACAGGAAGUGGUGUGUGGGUUUCCUGUCGGCUGGACUCGGUUCUGCGGCUGUACGAGACCCCGAGCCACCGACUCACACAGGAGCUGGAGAUCGAGUCCCUGGUGUGCGCCACGCUGGGUCCCUCUCUCUCCACUCUCUUUCCUUUCCAGGUCUCCUCUCUCGCUCUGCUCUGCGGGCGGCUCUGGGUGGGAACAGGAAGUGGAGCCGUCUUCUCCCUCCCCCUGCGUCAAGAGCCCCUCAGUGAUACAAACUCUCAGACCUCCGCUAUCCCAUACUGCUGUCUGCCUGGUGCUCAGCUCUGUUACCAUGGGCACAGAGACGCCGUCAGAUUCUUCAUCUCUGUGCCAGGCUGUGUAAACCCCUCGCUGGCUGUGGAGGGCGUGCAGACGGAGCUGGUGAUGAGUGGAGGAGAGGGAUACAUCAACUUCAGAAUCGGUGAUGGGGAGGAGGGUACGGCCGAUGCCAUGCUGAGGAGAGCCGAGAGGAGUCACAUGAUCAUCUGGCAAAGCCACGCCCACCUGUGACCCGGGCAAAGAACACAACUGCGGGGGGCAAUUAAACAGUGUGAGGGGCAGUUUAUACAACGUGGAGGCAGUUUACAAAAGAAUAUGAGGAACGUAAGAGAAUUCCCAUAUUGAGAGGGUUCAGCCCAUCAGAGCUCCUCCGGUUCCAAGCAGCUGAUUGAUCUCAGAACCUUGUCAAGUUGGGUCUUAAAGCAUCCCGGGGAUUCAGCAUCAGCUACGUAGCUUGGUAAUCCUUUGUAACCCCCAGUAACCCAUCACACCCCCUCUCCACUCUCUGUGUGAAGAAGCGUCUCCUCCUCUCUGCUCAGUUCAUGUCCAUGUGUGUCUUUGUUCCUGGUUUCUGCCCUUGAGGUUUUGGUUUUCAGUUUAACUUUGUCCACUCUACAACGCUACAGUUUAAACAUGCCCCCUGCCCCUCUCCCCGAGGUGAGGCUGUGUGAGUUUGAUAUUAAACUGAUUCAGCCGCUGCACUGACAGAGUGUGAAGAAAAUAACCUUGCAAUCCGGAGGGAUGGCACUGCCCCGGACAGGGGGGCUGAUACCCCAACAGUGACUCUACCACCCAGGGGUAACAUCAUGGAAUUCAAUACCCCAAACAGGGCAGAACUGGAAGGCAAUUUUAUGCCACAGGGAGAGAACAACCAUAGACUGGAAUUUAUUACCCUAGGGGUGGAACCAAGUGGAAUUCAAUCCGGACCGGAAGAGUUUAAUACCCCAGAGUGCAACUGAAUGGAAUGGAAUUGAUUGCCUAAUACCCAGCAGGGCAGUAUCUAAUGGAGGCACACUGUCGGGGUACUCAGGGGUGUGUUUGUGUGAUUUGAUUGUUUGUUGGUUUUUAAUGUUCUUGGAGUUUUAGGAUGCUGCUGUUUCUCUACCUCCCUGCCUUACUUCAAUGUGAAUUAUGUUUACACUAGAAGUCUUUCUCAGUGUCUUCAAUGUGAAUUCAAAGACUAACGUUUCCACUAGAAGUCUUUCUCAGCAUCUUCAGGUGUUGGACUACAUUGAGAGACUCAAUUCGGCACUAUUUAGUGUUUAAUAGUUCUGGAUGCAAGGAAGAAUGAAAUAGAACAGGAGAGAAAUAAUUAGAAUGUGUUAUUAUUAUUAGUUUAUUUAGCAGACGCCUUUAUCCAAGGCGACUUACAGAGACUAGGGUGUGUGAACUAUGCAUCAGCUGCAGAGUCACUUACAACUACGUCUCACCCGAAAGACGGAGCACAAGGAGGUGAAGUGACUUGCUCAGGGUCACACAAUGAGUCAGUGGUUGAGGUGGGAUUUGAACCGGAGACCUUCUGGUUACGAGCCCCUUUUCUUUAACCACUGGACCACACAGCCUCCUAGCCUCCUCUAUACUUUCAUGUAUGAAUGAGAGAGAAAAAGCAAAAAAGAACAAAAGAACAAAAAAUUAGGUCAUGAAGACAACAAAAAAGAGAGAAGGAAGAAAAGUGAGUUAAAGACAGAAAAGAGAAAAGAGAACAAUAAACAAUUCAGGAAUCCUUAAAAAAUCCCUGGCUCCCUCAGUCUCUCUGGCUUGAACCCAUUUCUCUCUCUCUCUCUCUCUCUCUGUCUCUCUCUCUCUCACUCUGUCUCUCUCACUCUGUCUCUCUCUGUCUCUGUCUCUCCUCUGUCUCUCUCUCUCUCUCUCUGUCUCUCUCUCUCUCUCUCUCUCUCUCUCUCUCUCUCUCUGCUCCUCGUACUCUCAGGGACCCUUUUUAACGAAACACAUCCUGUACAUAGCUGCAGCUGUGAAUCCGGUUUCCUUGGAAACAAGCUGUCGGGGAUUGAAAGCCGUGUGCAAAUAAACACAGCUCUUUAUAUUAAAACUGAGUUUGUUGAAUCACAAA